AUGGCCAACAAAAUUGUGAUCAUAUUCGACUUUGAUCGGACGCUGAUCGACGAUGACUCUGACCGGUGGGUUAUUUGUGAGAUGGGUUUGGCCCAUUUGUACAAUCAGCUCCGACCCAUUAUGCCUUGGACAUCUCUCAUGGAUAGGAUGGUUGAAGAAUUACAUUCACAAGGUAGAACAACUGAAGAGAUUGCCAAGUGUUUGCAAGGGAUUCCUCUGCAUCAGCGAACUGCUGCUGCCAUUAAGUCAGCUCAUUCUAAGGGAUGUGAUCUAAAAGUGGUCAGUGAUGCUAAUAAGUUCUACAUUGAGACUGUCUUGAAGCAUCACGGAUUACUUGAUUGUUUCUCUGAGAUCAUCACAAAUCCAUCUACAGUGGAUGAGCACGACAGGCUUAGGAUUUACCCUUACCACGACAUAAAUGCUCCCCACGGCUGCACCCUUUGUCCUCCUAACAUGUGCAAGGGACUUGUUUUUAAGAGGUUCCUAGCUUCAUUGGGGGCAGACUAUGAGGAUACCAGAUUCAUAUAUCUUGGAGAUGGAGGUGGUGAUUUCUGUCCUGCCUUGAAGCUUGGUAAGGGAGACCAUGUGAUGCCCAGGAAGAAUUUCCCGCUAUGCGAUCGCAUAAAUAGUAAUCCAGAGCUCAUUGAAGCAGGAGUUCAUGAAUGGUCCAAUGGGGAAGAACUUGAGCAGAUUCUUCUUCGACUUAUUGAUGCUGGCAAUGAUCGAAAUGGUGGAUAA